AUGUGGACGAAGGAAUCGAAGUGGGAUGGCGUCAAGGUGAAUCUUGAUCCAGAGCAGCUUUCAAAGCUUCAGGACCGCAACAAGCUCUUGGACAUCUUAGAGAACCAGGGGCAGCAGAUUGUGGUGGUGGGCGAUACCUCUUCAGGCAAGUCGACGACAAUUAACUUUCUGUUGGGCUACCCUUUCAACUUUGUCGCGCAGGGCAUUGGCACUCGCCGGCCAUGCGUAAUGACCCUGACCCCCGACCCUGAGCGCGACAAGGUGCUUUUCCGGACGAAGUUUCAGAAGAACGACUUCACAAAGGAGGAGGACUUCACAUCCCUGGCAGAUGUGGCCAACUUGGUCCGUGCAGUCAACGACCCACGAGGUCAUCCUGAAUGGUUUGACUGUUUGAACCCGGAUCGUGAGCAGUUUCGUGGACAGAUGCCCCCGAUGGUAAGACCGGACGAUGCAUUCGACGAGACGCCCGUGUAUGUCCAGCUGUUCCACAAGGACAUCGAUUGUCCCAUGCGGCUCGUGGACGUCCCUGGUCUCAGUCGUGGCAAUCGCCUGACAACCAAGAUUGCUUUGUCAUUCAUCAAGCCGGACAAUGCGGUCAUCUUGGUCGUCGGAAAGGACCAUCCGAACAACGGUGGCUUCCCUCAUCUGGCCGCGGCCAUGAGGGAGUGCUCUCGCACCAUUGUCGUUCAGAACUUUGCCAACACGAAGAUCCAAGACAACCAGGUGACAGAGAACUUCAAUGUCAUCUAUGACAAGAUGAGCGGGCGCACUGAUUUGGUGCUUUACUGCAUUGACUACGGCUUGCCCUACGAGCCGGGACUUCCCUUGUGGCAAGAAGGCUACGACCAGCAGGAUUGGCACAAGAUCAACAAGGAGCAAGGUUUGCAGGCAGUCCGGAGAGCCAUGGUGCAACACACAGAGAUGCGAGCAAAGCAGCUGCAAGAGCGGUUCAAGGACAGCAAGGUGUUCUCCAACGUGAUUGUGCCAGGAAUCGACCUGGUACGCAAGAAGCUCAACGAAUUCCAGUUCCACGACAUUGAUGGGCACAUUGGCAGAUUGCAAGAAGAGCUGAGACGUCAGAUUGCCAAGCGCCAGGGAGAACUGGAACGUGCCCAAGCUCGCGUCAAGCAGCUGCAGUUCCCGCCAGAGUGGGAUAACAUGCUGGCAUCCUUUGCCGCGACCGUCCGAAAGUACUUGGACGCAACGCACAACACCGUGGAGAUAUAUGAUGCCGCGACGGGCCUCAUGAAGGAGGAUGAUUCCUUGCUGUGGACAUCAGAAGAGGAAGCACGCAGGGUCGCCAAAGGGGCGCUCGACAGUGGUGACAAGCACACGGAUGAAGAUGGGCUUGCUUGGUUUGCUGGAGAGGUCGACAGGAAAGUGGUGGCUUUGCUUACCGAGUACUGCGGCUUCGAGUCAGAGUUUCGACUUGCCUGCAUCCGGAGCUGGCAGCGGCUUGUGGACGAGUUCACUGGCAUGCUGGCAUUUGCACCGAUGCCAUGCGUUCCAGCAAGCUUACACGACAUGGCCAAAAUGCGCGUCGGCACUGGUCAGUCCGGCCAACUGAACUUCACAGAGGAGACGGUCAAGGUCGUGGUCAGCCUGGGUGAGGAUUCCAAGCAUCGAGGUCUUGUCCGGCCUCUCCUGGAGCAGUUGGAGCGGAGAAUGAGACUUCUGGUCGAGCGCGAUUUCCGAAAUUCCGUCGCCUGCCUGGAGGUGCGAUGUGUCGAGGAGUUGGAGAGGUUCUUCGAACUGGUACAGGAGGACUUCGACGAUGCCGCAUCAGACGGAGAGCCGGAGCCGCCAGCCCCAAGGACCCCCGUGCUGCCGACCAUGACUCCCCGUGAAGUGAGGAGCGACAGCAAAUCAAGCAAGCGGGCAGCUCGCAAGUCAGAGAUGACUAAACUGAUUCUGUCAGGCGUUCUCAAGGCUUUGCUCAGCCAUGCAGAUGAAGUCAUCUCGGGAGUCUUGCAGGGGUCAAUUGAGUGCGACGACCACAAUGAGCCAGUCAUCGAUCCCGUGACGCAGCGCCCGCGGCUACGUGAGAGGUCUGGCAUCAUGGUCCGCGUGGAUGAGAACACGACAUCUCCUGGGCCUUUGCAUUGGAUGCUCCCGUUCAAGUUCAACAACAGCGGGCAGGUGAGCCUGCGCAAGCUGCUCUUCAACGAGCGGAGGCUGCUCAAGGGCAGCAACCAAGGCCUGGGCUGGCAUGCCAAAAUCAAGAGGAAGCAGAAAGGCUUUCUGAAGUCUAUCGGCUCUGGCCUGUCCACGUGCUGCGAGAAGCAAGACGACGAUGAUGCUGGUCGCCCGGAGAUCGGCUGGAGCCGACGGUUGAUCGAAGAGAUCGGCCUGCACUUCGAGGAUGGCACCCCCACGAUCAACUGCAGCAACGCAGUGAACUUGCGAAUAUACCGCUUGUGCACAGAGGACUACGAAGUUCCGAUGAGCCCCAAUGCCCCUCCUCACCUUUACGAUGUUGAGGUUCUGAAGCUUCUCAAGGCCCUGCAGUUUGAAAUGGCUGCUGCCUGGGCAUCGAUGUGGAAAGGCAUGCUCCAGGAGCUCACGGACAAAGACAAAGUUCGGGAGUUUGUUGCCGACAGGAUGCAGAACGAGCCAGUUGCAGACUACGCUCUCAAGCUUGAUUGGACCGCAGAACGGCAGCAAUCCGGAAGGAUCGAGCGCGACGCAACUUUGGAAGCCGUGGACGCAGUGUGUGGAUGGCUUAGCGGAUCCCGCGCUUUGCCAAACGACAUGCUGACCACUGAGGAAGAGAUCAAGAAAGCUGGCGAGGAGGCCAGAUGGCCGGAUCAUCAAGGCUACGUUGAAGUUCUGAACCAAGUCGAUAUCAAGCAGGUGAAGACGGCUUUCAUGGCAAACAAAAACACGAAGCUGGCCGGACAGCCGUCUUGGCUGCGGUUGUGCGACGAGUUUGUGUUUGUGAUUCUCCAGCUGAACAUGAAAAGAGUUUCUAACGAGGAGCUGAGCAUGGCAAAAGCAUCAGCAGGCAUGAUGUCGGCAGCUGGCCAGCAAGAGAUGAUUGCCAAGCUUGCGCUGCAUCGUAUGUCUCAGCUGAAUAUGCACAGCCAGAAGGUCUUCAUGAAGCGCUUCAACUUCCUCUGGACCCGAGACACCUCCACCGCGCUGACAGCCAUGGAAGGAGUGGCACAAAGCCUUCGAAAUGUCACGAAGAGCGGCAUGAACGGAGCAGACUGGCUGGAGGAGCAGCUCCAUUUGUACAAGGACAACGUGAUCAUGGGGACGUUGAAGGCAUUGCAGGACAAGUUUGAUGGCUUGUUCCCUGUCGAUUUUGCCAUCCUGAACGGGAGAUUUCCCCUGAACGCACAGAAGCUGCGGCGGCAGCACUUCGAGCUUCAAGACGAUGGACGAACUGUUCGACAGCGCGAUGCUUACCAGGAGAUCAAGGACAUGUGGCAGACGAACCGGUAUUCACAAAUGCAGAAUGUUGUUGUGUCCCCUUCAGACGGCAAGUCUGCUGGGACCAUACAGCUAAGCGUGGACGGGACGAUCUCAGCCUAUGAGAACCUUCAGGAGCAGCGCGAGCGGGUUGAGCAGAUCUUCAACUUGCCAUGCAUCUAUCCCCCCGCAGAAAACUACGCUGGCGGCGCCUUCCAGGAGCUAUGCCUCAAGUUCUUCAAGGGUAUCCAUGUGGAUGCCAUCCACCACACCAGACCCAGACUGAAGGCGAUGAUGGCAAGGCUCUACCAGGAGGAGCACCUCAGAAGAGCUCUGCAAGAGAGCCCUGCCCUGGACUACUUGAAGGACUUCGGGGGCCACAUCCUCGAGAGGCAAAAGCUAAGGAUGGAAAGCCUCAGGUGUAAAUUAUCGGCAAUGCAGCAGACACUGAGGGAAACGGAUCGUUCCCAGCGUAAUAUGGAUCCAUACUAA